CAUUUGCCUUUUUAUGCGUGUUUCAGUUUUCGAUUUCCCAAGGUUCCAAACCCUAAGAAUAAACCCAAUCCACCCCACCUACGACGGAGGACGCCAGUCAAACCUGAGGGCUGUCGAUCUACUGCUGCACGCCUGCCGACUACUGCGUCUGGCGGCCCUCUACUGCUGCUGCACCACUGUCUAAAUCGCAAGUUCGCAACUCGCAACCUGUCUGUUCACUGCUGCUGCACCGGCCGCCUGCUGCCGACCUGCUUCCGUCCAGACUGCAGACCACCUUCCGGCUGCGGGCUGCCUUGUUUCGGAAGGAGUUCUGAGUGUUUGAGAUUUGUAGUUAUUGGUGAGAUUUCUGGUGAUUUUUACUUGUAAAAAUAACAAAUAUGGCGGCUUUAAAAGACCUUCUUCCAGAGGCCAAAUCGUCAACAACGACAUACUAUGAUCAUACUAGUGAUCCAUGGUUCAAGAAUCGUUUUAGUGCUCAGGAGGUUGAGAAAGCGGCUGUCGCUAAGGCUGUAGAUAUACCACCUUAUUUGAAACGGCAAGGAUUUGUUCCUCGUAGACCGGAGGAUUUUGGUGAUGGUGGGGCGUUCCCGGAGAUCCAUGUGGCUCAAUAUCCUUUGGGAAUGGGCAGAAAAGAUUCGAAACCAAGUUCAAAGAUUUUGCCGGUUACCGUGGAUAGUAGGGGUAAUGUUGCUUUUGAUGCUAUUGUGAAGCAGAAUGAAAAUGCUUCAAAAAUCGUUUAUUCGCAUCACAGGGACCUCGUACCUAAAAUUCUGAAGGGUGAAGAGGAAUUGGAUGAGGAAUUGGAUGAUGAGGUUCAGAAGGAGAUUGAGGAGACUACUGAGGCUACGAAGGAAGCGUUGGAGAAGAUUGUAAAUGUUAGGUUGAGUGCUGCACAGCCGAAGAAUGUGCCAAAGCAGUCAUCUGAUUCAAAGUUCAUCAAGUAUAAGCCAUCGCAACAAGCUGCUGCUUUUAAUUCUGGUGCAAAGGAGAGGAUUAUUAGAAUGGUAGAGAUGCCGGUGGAUCCACUGGAACCUCCUAAGUUUAAGCAUAAGAGGGUUCCUAGGGCUUCUGGUUCACCACCUGUGCCGGUUAUGCAUUCACCGCCUCGCCCUGUGACUGUAAAAGAUCAGCAAGAUUGGAAGAUUCCGCCUUGCAUUUCGAAUUGGAAGAAUCCAAAGGGUUACACGAUUCCAUUGGAUAAGCGUCUUGCAGCAGAUGGAAGAGGUCUUCAGGAUGUUCAGAUUAAUGACAAUUUCGCAAAGCUGUCUGAGGCAUUGUAUGUUGCCGAGCAGAAGGCCAGGGAAGCUGUGGCCAUGAGAUCAAAGGUUCAAAAGGAGAUGGCCAUGAAGGAGAAGGAAAAGAAGGAGCAGGAGUUGCGUGCUUUGGCUGCUAAAGCACGAUCUGAGAGGACUGGCAUUGCAGCUCCUGUUGCUGCACCUGCUCCAUCUGCUAGAAAUAUGGACAUAGAUGAUACAAGAUCUGAUUAUGGCAGUAGAGGAGAGAGAGAAAUGACAAGAGAGACAAAAGAGGAGAGGGAAGCAAGGUUGGAGCGUGAGAAGAUCCGUGAGGAACGAAAACGAGAAAGGGAGAGGGAGAGAAGGUUGGAGGCGAAGGAUGCUGCAAUGGGGAAGAAGAGUAAGAUCACUAGAGAUAGAGAUCGUGACGUUAGUGAGAAGGUUGCCCUUGGCAUGGCAUCUGUUGGUGCAGGAAGAGGUGAAGUUAUGUAUGAUCAACGGUUGUUCAACCAAGAGAAAGGGAUGGAUUCCGGGUUUGCUACUGAUGAUCAGUAUAAUGUGUACGACAAGGGUUUGUUUACUGCCCAAGCUACACUUUCGACGUUAUAUCAGCCAAAGAAAGAUGUUGAUUCUGAUAUGUAUGGAGGAGCUGAUGAACAGCUCGAUAAGAUCAAGAACACAGAUAGAUUCAAACCCGAUAGAGGAUUCACAGGAACUACAGAUAAGAGUGGUCCUAGAGAGAGGCCUGUUGAAUUUGAGCAAGUUGCGGAGGAGGUUGAUCCUUUCGGUUUGGAUCAAUUUUUGACUGAAGUGAAGAAGGGUAAGAAAGCCAUGGAUAAAAUUGGUGGUGGAGGUACAAUGAAAGCAAGCGGUGGUUCUUCACGAGAUGGCUAUGAUGGUGGCUCUGGAAGGAGCAGGAUUGGCUUUGAAAGGGGGCACUAAACAUCCUCUUUUGCUUGUAGUUUAUUUUACAUUAUCUGUUUCAUGUUUUUGCACUGAAGGCUUCUGUAAUAUUUUGUUAACUACUUUGUGACUGCUGGGAAAAGCUUCCCUCCUUAAGUCCCAAAUGGUUUGUAUUGAAAUGUUUACAACUUAGUUUACAUUUGAGAUAUCAUUUUACGAGGAAGUCUUGGUAAACAACAUUGAUUUGUGAAAUCAACAAAUCACUCUUAUGUGAUAGGAUUAUAUUUUUUGGCUUCUGUUUAAUUUAGUAUUUUUUUUUUUU